UAUAUUUCUCCCGGUAUUUAAAGAAGUAUAGAAGUUGACAAUGGCAGGCAUUUCCCUCAAAUUCUGAGAAGUUAAGCUUCGGUUGCCAAUGGCGACAGCCCAAGUUUCCUUCCAAAACUUCCUCUCAAUCCCAACCGUUGAUUUUGGUGUCCGGCCAAGGAAAUCCUACGGACCGACCAGGGCCGCACAGAGCAGAACCGCAAGCCCAAAUUGGAAGUGGUCUAUUCGAUCAACAUUGGCAGAUCAAAGGCAUCAGAAACCGACGGUGGACGUGGACCGACUGGUGGAUUUCAUGUACGACGAUCUCCGGCACGUAUUCGACGAGCAGGGGAUUGAUCGGACGGCGUACGACGAAGAAGUGAGAUUUCGAGACCCGAUUACAAAGUACGAUGGAAUUAGUGGGUAUAUGCUGAAUAUUGCCCUGUUGCGAGAAUUCUUCAGGCCGGAGAUCAUCUUGCACUGGGUCAAAAAGACUGGGCCAUAUGAGAUAACUACAAGAUGGACUGCGGUAAUGAAGUUCAUCCUUCUGCCAUGGAAGCCAGAGUUAGUGUUGACGGGAACUUCCAUCAUGGGUAUCAAUCCACAAACCGGCAAGUUCUGUAGCCAUGUGGAUCUUUGGGAUUCACUGCAAAAUAAUGACUACUUUUCUGUAGAAGCCUUGUGGGAUGUGUUUAAACAGUUUCGGUUUUAUGAGACUCCAGAAUUGGAAUCGCCAAAAUAUCAAAUACUGAAAAGGACUGCAAAUUAUGAGGUGAGAAAAUAUGCGCCAUUUGUUGUGGUUGAAAGAAAUGGACACCAGAUUUCUGCCGGAUUCAAUAGGGUUGGUAGUUUCCCGGAUGCAAAACAGGAGGACACAAUGAGCAUAAGAGAGAUGGAAGGGGGCAUUGGUGCGGUGUUGAAAUUCAGUGGAGAUCCCACAGAAGAUAUGGCUCAGCAGAAGGCAAAAGAAUUACGAUGUAGUCUAAAAAAGGAUGGCCUUAAACCCAUAAAUGGCUGUUUGCUUGCUCGCUACAACGACUCUGGCCGAACAUGGGGCUUUGUAAUGAGAAAUGAGGUGAUAAUAUGGCUACAAGAAUUCUCAAUUUAGUCCAACAACUCCAACUACACUCUGUCCCUGGUGGAAAUAGUGAAAGCAAC